UGGCUCUGGUCUCUCCACUGCAGGGGAACCGGUGGGAUCCUCGGUGACGACAUGGGACUAGGCAAAACCAUGCAGGUUUCUGCCUUCCUUGCAGGGUUGUUCCACUCUGGUCUAAUAAGGAGGGUGCUAGUCGUUACCCCGAAUAUGAUUCUCACCCAUUGGAUCAAGGAACUAUCAGUCGUCGGCCUCAGGCACAAGAUCAGCACCUACUAUGGCCCCAAAAAAGAUGUUCGUCACUAUGAGCUGCAACAUGUCUUCAAGGAGGGAGGCAUCUUGUUAACAACAUAUGAUAUGGUCCGAAUAAACUACAAACAGAUAAGGGGUGAUUUCUAUGACGAGGAGGAGGAGGGGAAAAUGUGGAAUUAUGUUAUUCUUGAUGAGGCACAUUUGAUCAAGAACCCGAAAGCACAAAGAUCCCAAUGCUUAUUGGAAAUACCUUGUGUCCAUCGGAUCGCCAUCAGCGGAACACCUAUACAGAAUAACUUGAAGGAAAUGUGGUCGAUUUUCUCUUUUUGUUGCCCGGAAGUCUUGCCUGAUAAGGAUGAAAAAAAGUAUGAAGUACCUAUCUAUGAAGGAAAUGACAAGAGCGCUAGAAGUCUAGCGAAGGACAUAAGCUCAGACGUAGCAAAGGAAUUAAGAGAACGAAUAAAGCCAUACUUCUUGCGUCGUAGGAAAAGUGAAGUAUCCCUUGAGACUGGUUUGACAGAUGAUAAACAGCUUCCGAAGAAGAAUGAGCUGGUUAUCUGGCUGAAAUUAACUGAUCGUCAGAGGCAGCUAUAUAAAGCUUUUCUGAAAUGUGAACUUGUUCAUUUAGCAGCAUCGCGAGGAAAUCCCUUGGCUGCAAUCACGGUAUUGAAGAAAAUAUGUGAUCACCCACAGUUAGUGACUAAGAGAGAUGAGGAAAUGGAUAUGGCUGAAAACAACGAUCAGGAAAUGGAGAUGGCUGAAAAAAUGGCCAUGAACCUCGGAGAUAUGCCUCGUGAUGAUGAGGCAGUGGAAGUCGGCCCGGAAGUCUCAUGCAAGUUAUCUUUUAUCUUGGCGUUAUUGCGGAAUCUUCUUGAAGAAGGACACCAUGUUCUGAUAUUUUCUCAGACUCAUCAAAUGUUAAACCUGAUUCAGGAAGCUAUAUUAUUAGAGGGCUACAGCUUUUCGCGCAUGGAUGGCAACACUCAGAUUUCUGAGAGGGAAAGGAUUGUGAAGGAUUUCCAAGAGGGCCUUGGAGCUCAGAUAUUUUUGCUGACCACAAAAGUCGGUGGUAUUGGACUUACACUCACCAAGGCAGCUCGUGUCAUAGUAGUUGAUCCUGACUGGAAUCCAAGUACGGACAGUCAGAGCAUUGAUCGGGUUUAUCGAAUUGGACAGACACAAGAAGUGAUUGUAUACCGCUUGAUCACAUCCGCAACCGUGGAAGAAAAGAUAUAUAAAACGCAGGUCCUCAAGGAUGCUUUAUUUAGGGCAGCCACGGAGAAGAACAAACAGCCACAUUACUUCAGCCAGAGUGAGAUUCAAGAUCCUUUUAGUCUGCCGGAACAAGGUUUUGAUGUAUCCCUUACGCAGAAACAAUUGCAACAAGAGCAUGGGUAUCCUCUUGACAUAGAUGCGCCGUUGAGGGAGCACAUAGAGUUUCUGGAGCAACAACCAGGGACAGCAGGUGUAGGUUAUCACAGCCUCCUAUUUUCAAAAACAGAAGUCCUGCCGAUGUUUACCGAGAAUAAUGCACUCGGCAGGGGUGCCCAUGCUAAGCCAAAGGACGAGUGCUUCACUGCUACAACAUGCACGAAUUCGGAGAACCCCGAAGAGAUGAACCGUCUUACUGAAACAUUCGCGAGCACGACACUGGAGCCGAGGCUGCCCGACUGUGAAGAUAAGAAAGUAAAUGCUUUGGAUAAUGGAAAGCUGACGGUGGGUGCUGACUCAUCGUCUUCGUCGUCCAAGGAAAUGAUCUGCUGACUGGGUCGUUGCUAUGUGCAUCCUGUUAGAGUUAAUCUUGUCAAAAGAUCUGUUUUGUGUACUAGGAGAGUCUGAACGUGCAUGUGUGCACAUCGCAUGUCCAGUAGUUUGGUUAAUCAGUAGGUGUAUUAGGUGUAAGCCAAGUACAUGCGCAUGUGGAGGGCUGUGAGAAGCAGCCGGAUUGCAGCAUGGAGAGUCUGCAUGCAUAGUUAGUUAGUGAGUUAGCUAAAAGCUUGGUCAAGUUAGUGGCCGGGCCACAAGGAUAUGGAGUGAUUCUAGGAGCUGAGCGAGGAGCUAGUGGUUAGUGGAGUUUAU